AUGUUCCCAACGACUCGUUUGAGGCUGAUAUGUAUAGCCGUAGUGGUUCUUCCGGGCCGAGGAGGCAUUAGCACUGGUGCCUCAGAGAGGUCAUCCUUGAUUCGUCUAAAGGCUAGCUCUCGUCCUAUACAAACUCUUCAUCCUCUGUGUUGUCUUGGGCGGAAUGGAUCAUCAGAGGGUGGAAAUUUCCUCCAAUCGGAAUACUUGCUUUUCCAUAGGGAUUGCAUGCCCACUUUAGGGAUUAAUCACUUCACGGGAGAGAACACGAGGGAUGAGCGACGAUCGACCUACCUAAGUUUUUACUAG